CCAAAAUCCAACCAAACCCAAAAUCUCAACCCCCACAAAAAUCCCAUGCAUGCAUGCAUGCAAUUGCAUGAUAUGCUCCUCGCAUGACAUAAUAGAUAUCAUCUCAACCAACACAGUAUAUUAUAUGACCAAAUUAACUCUUUAUACGUUAGGAAACAAACUCCUAAUUAAGAUCAGUAGAGAGAGAGAGGAAAAAAGUUGCAGCUCUAGAGAGAGAGAGAAGCAAAGAGAAGAAAGACAGAGAAUGGCCUGCUGUCCUUUUUGAAUGGAAACUCUCUCUCUCUCUCUCUCUCUCUCUCUCUCUCUCUCUCUCCAAUCUUUUCCUCUUCAAUUUCUUCCUUGUUUCAUCUCGACCCUCAUCAAUCUCUCCACUCACUCACACAGAAUUUCCCAAAAUUAGCAUCUCCUGAAAUCUCAUAAAGUUUCAGUCUUUGCAUUAAAGGUCGCACCUUUGUUCUUCCUUUCCCCUUCAACGCCUUGGGUUGUCUCGUCGGCGCCCGUAGAUCUGCAUUGUUGAAUGAACUGGCUUUUAAAGCAUGGGAGGAGGAAGAACAACUGAGUAUGAUGAAUUUGAGAUGCUUCUUGGAGAAAUCCCAAGUGCGACAUUAGAUCCUAUUCCUGUUGAUCCCUCGUCGGUUUUAGAAUCAAUUUCAAUCGACGAGAAGAACAAAUCACCUUAUCCUUCGAGCAAGUUCACAAACUUGUACGAUUCUACUCAAUCUGCGGAAAUUGAAGGAAACACGGGUUUGUUUGGUGGCUUGAGCUUACCUGAAAUCUCAGUUGAUUGGAAGCUUAGAAGUAGUACUGGUCAAGAUGCACAUUGCUUUAAUGGUGAACAAGAUGAACUGAACUUGGCAUUUGAUAAGAUGGGCUUCAAGGACAGUGUAGUAGCAAAACUAACCAAUCCUUCAUUUGUUAAACUUGCUCAUGCCUCUCCAAAUAAUAGUUCCUUGAACAGUUCACAGGCUCUUUGUGGCUCAGAUAAUAUAGAAAUGUCCAUUUCAUCGUUGCAUCAACAUUUAAAUGGAAUCAAUAUUGAUACUCGAAGCAAUUUGAAUUUUCCCGUGAAUAACGGACUUGAAUUGAAGAAGCAACAGCCAGAGAAGAUAUCAAGUGAUUUAAGGGCUAUGACUAUAAAUCCCAAAGUGCAUGCAUACCAGCAGCAGUUCUUUGAUUCACGAGCUGCAACUUUUAUGCCCCCUCGGUGUCUUGGCCAAUCUUUAACAUGGAAUAAUUUGGAGGAAGAAAGGUUUUAUAGAUUGCAGCAGCAGUAUUUAUACCAACAUCAGCUUCACAAGCACAGACCAGUGAUGUUUCAAUAUGGAAAGAAUAUGAACUCAGCUAUUAAGCCUUUAAGUGAUCCAAACUUGUAUUGGAAUGAUAAUGUUGUUUGUAGUGGCCUCCAGCAAUACCAUCCUCAGAGUUCAUUCAGAAGAGUUGAGGGCGGAGAAGUUCCUUGCAGAAGCCAGUUUGAUAGUGACGAAAAUUUAUCUGAGCAUCAAGUUUCGGACAAAGUUGGGAAACAAUAUGUUCCUGAAAAAAUUUUGACACGGACACAUGGCGUGAAUUCACUGAGAUCUCUUACAUCCAACUCCUUUAUGAACUAUGAAUACUUGAAGUUGGAUGGUGAAAGCUCACGAAGUUCCUCUCCUGAUAGUUUAGAUUCAAUUCAUCCUAACAGUUCCAUAGAUGAAGUUAUUGGAAGAAUUUACUCUUUGGCAAAAGACCAAUAUGGUUGCCGUUUCUUGCAGAGAAAAUUGAUAGAUGGUAGUUUGGAAGAUGUUAAUAUCAUUUUCUUUGAGAUUAUUGAUCACAUUGUGGAGCUCGUGGUUGAUCCUUUUGGGAACUAUCUUAUACAAAAGUUGCUUGAGGUCUGUAGUGAGGAUCAAAGAAUGCAGAUAAUCGAUGCCAUUACGAGAGAGAAGAAAACGCUUCUUAGGAUCUCCAGUAGCAUGCAUGGAACCCGUGUCGUUCAAAAAGUGAUAAAAACUCUCCAAACCACAGAGCAAAUGUACAUGGUUGUCUCCUCUCUGAAGUGUGGUAUAAUUUCUUUGAUGAAGGACAUCAAUGGAAAUCAUGUUGCACAGCACUGCUUGCAAUACUUUUCGCCUGAACAGAAUGAGUUCCUUUUUGAUGCUGCAAUUUCUCAUUGUGUUGAAAUUGCGACGGAUCGUCAAGGUUGUUGUGUGCUUCAAAAGUGUGUGCAGUAUUCAUAUGGUGAUCAGAGAACCAGGCUAAUGUCUGAGAUAUCUUCUUUUUCACUUGUUCUUUCUCAAGAUCCUUUUGGAAAUUAUGUAGUGCAAUAUAUCCUUGAUCAAAAGGUACUAUGGGUAAUUACUGCUAUAAUGGACCAACUAGAAGGCAACUAUGGCAUUCUGUCGACACAAAAGCAUAGCAGCAAUGUGGUGGAAAAAUGCUUAAAACUUGCAGAAGAGAAAUAUCGUGCUAAAAUUAUUAGCGAAUUGAUGAACUCUCCUCAAUUCCUCCAAAUACUACAAGAUGCUUAUGGAAAUUAUGUCAUUCAGUCAGCUCUCAAGUUAUGCAGGGGAGCUCUUUAUGCUACUCUUGUGGAGGCUAUCAAGCCUCAUGUGUCUGCACUCCGGAAUCAUCCAUACGGGAAGAAAGUCUUAUUGAAUACCAGUCUGAAGAAAUAAUGAUGUAUUAAAUCAGUUUCACAUUGUUGCAGCAGUAGUUGAAGCUCGUAUCAUUUGCGCGAGAAAGUUAGUUUUGGAAGAUUUGCCGGAGGAAGGUAAAGUACACGUCAGUAAAGAAAGAAGCACAAUGUAUGUGUUUGUAGAGCAAAAGCUGUUGCAGAAAAAUGUAUAGUUGUCUGCAGAGUUAGCUGCUGGAUAUAUCAUGGUUUUUUUUCCCUCCCCAUUUCUGCAAAAAGAAUUUCACGAUUGCUGCUGUAUUUGCUUAUAGAUCUCAGUGACCCUCAAAAGGAUGGUUUGUGCUUUAGAGUUUAAACUCCCCACUUUGAGCUUUUCUCUUGUUACUACUUUUGUACAUACGGCCAUAAUUUCAGGUUUGUACUCAACUCAGCAACAGAAUAAAAAAAGCUGCACCCACAAAUGAUAGCUACUUCACGGUAUCCCUUUAGUUAUGCCUAAUGAAUAGAUGAUAGCUUUCAUCCUUGAGCAAAGUAAAUUCUUUCAGAAGAUAUCAUUUUCACUCUUUUAUUUAUGGCAACAAGAACUAAUGAUAUUACAACAAGACGAUGUCGUCGCAUCAAGGCUUAUUAAAGCAGAAUCCUGUAUUAUCUCAGGGAAGACAAAUCUUUUUAUUUUCAACACAAGUAUACAUCGUCGUCUCAGGAAGAUAAUCUUUUUCCUUUUUAAUCCUCUCCAAGGAAGAUAAUCUUUUUUCCUUUUUAAUCCUUUCCAAGGCAACUAUAAAUUGCCAUGGGUCUGGAGAGCAAUUCCACAGGAUAAU